AUGCACAAGGCUGUGUGGAUGCCGCAAGCAAUGGUGUGGGUUGGCGACAAGUCAGACGACAAACCUCCGGGACGAACCUCGUACCGUACCGUGCCCACUCUGCCCGCAAGUCUACCGCCAGUCUUCCCUCUGCGCCGUAUUUUUAGCUUGUACCCAAACGGUGUGUAUUGGGGUGGGAGGCGAUGGGAUGCGAUGGGAAAGGGUGUGACUGCAACGGUUGGUGUGUGUGUGGAUGAGGAUGGGGCUGGAGCUGGCGUCGACUUUGCAAGGUCGCAAGGUGACAGAGACCAAGAGACAGAGAGAGAGAGAGGAAGAAUGAGAGAGAUGGGUAAUGAAGACAUCUCCCUUGAACUAGCCAUGGGAAAGUAG